AUGGCUUCAACGUCACGAGAUAUACCUGUAUCCGAGUCUAUUUCUCUAUUGAAUUCGUCAGAUUCAAAUGGGGAAGAUAUUUUUGAAAUCCAUCGAAAAAGGAUGAACGAUGUGAGGAGAUUAUUAUCGCUUCAUAAGGUGCGGGCAUUCUUUCAACCUCGUAAGAAAAAGUAUAUUAAACGUGAUAGAGAGGAGGCAGCACAACGGCUAUUCCGAGAUUACUUUGCUGAAAAUCCGAUUUAUCCACCAAACAUAUUUUGUAGAAGGUUUCGAAUGCGACGAGAGUUGUUUCUUCGUAUUUUGAACGGUGUUACAACAUAUGAUGAAUGGUUCAUCCAGAAACCCGAUACCCUCGGUCGUAUGGGGUUAAUUCCUAUACAGAAGAUGACUGCUGCAAUCCGUAUACUCGCAUAUAGAAUUUCAGCUAAUCAUUGUGACGAAUAUAUAAAGAUUUCUAAGUGCAUUGCGAUCGAAAGCUUGAAAAGGUUUUGUGAUGCUAUAAUUGCUGUGUAUGCGGAGCAGUACCAACACUCACCAAAUGUAGACGACAUUGCACGUUUGCUUCGAGAAGGGGAAGAGAUAGGUUUUCCAGCUGGUUCACACAAUGACUUAAAUAUUCUCGAUCAUUCCCCAGUAUUCAAGAGCAUGAUCAAUGGUUCAAUGCAUUCAGUUAAUUACGUGGUGAAUGGGCAUCAGCGUACAAUGGAGUAUUACCUAUCUGAUGGUAUAUAUCCUAAGUGGGCAACUUUGAUGCAGACCAUCUCGUACCCAAUAACUGUCAAAGAGAAAUUAUUUGCUAACAAACAAGAAACUGUUAGAAAAGAUUUAGAACGGGCGUUCGUGUUGCAGAUGAGGUGGGCUAUAAUGCAUCAAUUGGUUCUUUAUUGGAAUACAGAAGAUCUAAACAAGAUAAUGAGAACGUGCAUCAUAUUACACAAUAUGAUCAUUGAAGACGAUGGCGAACACAUUUUGCAAUGGACACCUCCGACAGAUGACCCAAUCUCCCUUCCACAUUACGUUCGAAACCUAUUAAUGUUGGUGUAA